GCAGGGGAGCAACGGGAGCCGUUCCGGGAGGACAUGACCUGCAGUAGGGACCACGUCAUGUGGACUUGGGUCUCUCCUGGGCAGAUGCUGUCAGGCAAUGCUCAUGGGUCGAGAAGACUGCGGUGCAAACUCUGCAACAAGGAGUACUCCGGUAAUCGGAAGUGUGCGUGGGAGCACUUCAUUUUGGCGAGGGCGUCUGCCAGGUGUCCACAUUCGAACCUGUCGAUUUGGAGGAGGCUGCAUGGCAUCGGUGUACAACUGCCACCGGACUUGCAUGAGAGGGUGCAGCGCGCGUUGGAGAUGGAGAAGAGCGACGAGGGGGACACUCCUGUUCUGGGUGGAGGAGAAGGGGGCGAAGGCGGGAUCACUGAGGAUCCCGAGGCGGCACCGGGUGAGGACACCAUGGAGGUUAACAUCGGCGAGGAUGAGGGGACGAGGGAUGUUGUGACAGGCGGCCUUGCUACUGCAGGGAGGGCCAGUUCCUCGCAAGUUAUGGUGCAGGGGGCGCGCACACAUGGCCCGACGAGGCAGACGAGCAUCAAGAGGUUUGCAAAGAACCCGAGGCAGGAGGACAUGGAUGACUCCUGCUGCGAGUUCUUCGUGGAGAACGCCAUACCGUUCAACGCUGCCAGAAGCAGGAGCUUCAAGAAGUUCAUGUUGACGUGUAUCGGACCCCAGCCUGUGGGGAGUCAUCCUCUCGUGCCUACUAGGUAUAACCCCCUCAGGUGUCACCUGCUCGAUCGUUUGAACAAGAGGUUGGUGGAUGAGGAGGAGGCGAUCCGUGACGACUGGCAGGUGACUGGUUGUACGUUCAUAACUGAUGGCACCACAGACAUCUGUGGGCGAUCACUUAUGAACUACAUCCUCACAGGCGAGGGAGACAAGGACUCCGCAGCUGUCGUUGCCGGGUGGAAGCAGUUCUUCAGAGAGUGGGGGGUGGAGAAGAUCACGGCGAUAUGCACUGACUCUUUCGCCGGGAACACGAGUGUUGCGAGGAUGUUGAGGGAGGACCCUGAGUUCGCGCAGAUCUAUUGGAUCCCUUGCACAGCGCAUUGCAUGGACCUCGUGAUGCACGAUAUAGGUAAGAAGGAGUGGGCGGAUGAGAUCAUCACCAAGGCCAACAAAAUAGUGAACUUCUUCCGGGUUCACAAGUGGCCUCGGUCGCAGUUGAAGACGCAACUGUUGAAGUACCCUGACUUGAAAUGCACCUGCCUCCUUCGGCUUGCUCAUACAAGGUUCGGGACAAACUAUGUGAUGCUGCAGCGACUUGAGGUGUGCGAGAGGGCCAUCGUGUGUAUCAUCACCGGACACGGUUGGGAGACCAUGUUGUGGCAAGGGGAUAUUAGGGCGAAGGCCUACUUCGUGGAGGAGACAGUUCUUGACAAAGCAUUCUGGGCUGAUGUCAAGAAGUUGACUGCCGUCAUGAAGGGGCCUUAUGAUGUGUUGCGAGAGGUGGACAAAGAUGUCCACUUUCACGCAUCUAUAGUAUGGCGUGUCAGGGAUGUCAGCAAGAGGACAGACAUGCUGCUCAGCCCCAUCCACGUCGUUGCACGUCUGCUGGAUCCUAUAUUGAGGGACAUUACUGUUUCCAGUAAUGUCGACCUCAUGACACAGUUCGAUAGCGUUGUGGAGCGGCUGAUCGGGAAGAGUGGGAGCUCGAGAUUUGACGACUGCAUGGACCAGUUGUACGAGUUCCAGUUUGGGAGAGGAGUCUUUGGCACCCCGCAGUCAAAGAAACGGGCUGAGAAGGACAAUGUGGAUGGGGCCACUGUUGCAGGAGGGUGGUUGGGGCUCGCAGCCGGCUGGGAGGACGAGGACUUGGAGGGUGACAUGGGAAAUGUCACAGAGGCAGUUGAUGACAUUGAGGCAGUUGGUGAGGGCACUGCUUCUGCGGUGGGCAGCACAAACAUUAGCCCCGAUCCCACAACAUCGUCCACUUCGAGAUCGGUGCAGAGGUUAGUGCAGGUGGAGGAGGAGGAUGAGGAUGAGGCCGAUGAGGACGAGGACGACGAUGUCCCCGACGAGGAGUGGGUGGACGAGAGAUCGGACUCAGACAGAUCGUGGACGAGGAGAGAGGGCAUGGUCGCCUAUGUUGAAGGCACACGAUCUGGAUUGAGGUCCCAGACGCGGGCGCGGCGAGAGGCGCAGCAGGGGGAGCAGCAGCAGCAGCAGCAGCAGCAGCAGCAGGAGCAGGUUGAGCAGCAGCAGCAGCAGCACGAGCAGGUUGAGCAGCAAGAGCAGCAACAGGAGCAGCAGCAGGAGCAGCAGCGUGGGCAAGGGGAUGAGGAGCAGCAACAACAGCGAGGGGAUGAGGAGCAACAGCAGCAUGAGACGGAUGAGGAGCAGCCGCAGCAGAGGGAGAAGGAGCAGCAGCAGUAGAGGGUGGAUCCCGCAGUCCAGCAGGAGACCGCAGUGCAGUCGUCCAGAGAUGUGCACAAGGAGGGUGAGGCAGAGGGCGAGCAGGGUCGC